AGUUAAAUUUUUCGCGGUUCGCGUAUCUACCUAGUUGUUUGUUUAUUUAUAAAAAAAGGAGUAAAGAGUAAAUUUAAUCACUUUAUAACACCGAAUGUAUAAAUAUUAAGUAUUUGAAACAUUAUAUAAAUAAAAAGUGUCCAACAUUUUCUUGUUCAGUUUAUCGAUUUUUCUCAAGCAAAGAUUUUGCUAUCGAAUUGAGUACCUACCUAUUUAAAACAUUGUGAAUUACUAAAAUAGUCAAAUUUUGUUACAGGGAAAUUAGGUUAAGUAAAUGGCUAAACAAGUUGCUGAUGUUCAGAUCCACGCAUCUGACUCGCAGGAUCCAUUGGAGGAUGACAAUCUGGACGUCAGUGUUGAUCUGAUUGAUGAAAGGCUAUAUCUAGGUAACCUAGCAUGUGCACGAGACUACAAGACCCUGGAGAAGCUGCAGGUCACUCAUGUGCUGACCAUAGACGUGGUACCCCUGCCGCGGAGCAUACUUGACAGGGCCAAUCUCACAUUCAAAUAUAUUAAGUUGGCUGACGUGCCCAAGGAAGACUUAAUAAGUCAUCUGCCAGAAACAAAUGAGUUUAUAAAGGAAGCUAUAGGUGAUGAUGGCACAGUCCUUGUUCAUUGUUACUUCGGCGUAUCCCGAUCAGCGGCAGUCGUAGUCGCCUACAUUAUGGAAAAAUACAGACUCUGCUACGAAGAAGCUUUUGACUUGGUGAAGAGCAAGCGUCGGUUCAUCCAUCCUAACAUGGGGUUCCAAGCUCAGCUCAAACUGUUCGGACACAUGGGCUACAGGCUCAACAAGGAUGAUCCGAGGUUUAAGCAGUUCCGGCUGAAGAUGGCUGGGCAGAAGUUGAAGCAAGUGAAAAUUCUUCCCCAGCAAUUCGCGGACCUGGUAAAGCCUGACCCGGGGCUGGUGCGGGAGCGGCCCGACCCCGUCGUGUACCGCUGCAAGACGUGUCGCCGCAUCGUCGCGGGACACACCAACCUCAUACCGCAUCUACCCAAAGAGGUGAAGGUGGAACUAGCCAAAAAGGGUAUCCGGCCCCCACCGAGUAACCUGACCGGAUUGGACUGUUCAGAGAACGGGCAGAUCCUGAUGGAGAGGCUGCGCGGCCUCGCCGGCCGCGACGGCGGACCCAGCCAGGUGCUAGACGGGUACAGUGAGACGAAUCUAGUGGACGGACACAUAACAGUACGGGAUUGUCCGUCCGCGUGUACGCUGAUGUGGUUCGUGGAGCCCAUGGCGUGGAUGCGCGGCGUGCAGCACGAACUGCACGGCAAACUGCACUGCCCCAAGUGUCAGAACAAGAUCGGCAGCUUCAACUGGGUUAUGGGCUGUAAGUGUCCGUGCGGCCAGAAAGUGGCUCCGGCGUUCUACCUCGUGCCCUCCAAGGUGGAAUGGUCAAACAUCGUGCAAAACGUGCAGGUCACCGUCUGAGACAUUACUUCUUAGUGUAUCAACGCGAAUCUUAUUUAUGAAGACCAAUACGGGUAAUACAUACAAUACAUAUUGUAACACAGCAUACUGUACUAUGGCAUAAAGAUUUUUAAGCAUAACGUUCUUACGCAUAAUGGUUUACGCAUAACAAUUUGAACCAAAACCAACCUAACCCAACCUAAAAGUUAAUUAUGCCACAUUUAUCCGUAUGCCAAAAAUAAAUUAUGCCUUAGACCUAUUAUGCCAAAAUUAUUAUCAAAACAAUAGGACAAAAUAGUUUAUGCGUAAAAAGUGGCCCCGCAAAACCAUAACCUAAAAGUUAAUUAUGCCACAAAAAAUUAAUUAUGCCUUAGACCUAUUAUGGUAAAAUCGAUAUAAUGAACAAUAGGACAAAAUUAUGCGACAAAAAGGGUAUUUUUUUGUAAUUCCCACCGAUACAGUAUCUGUGGCGUCAUACAGAUCCUACAGCAUGCAGGUGGUAGGACAAGACAGCUUGUAUGUGUUGGUUUGGGGAGAUAUACACAGGUGGGCGGUUUCCGAGCUGUAUCCCCACUUGGACAUGUUUUCUUCUAUUUGGCAGAUUUGUAUCCAUACUUAAUUUUAAUGGGAUAGUCUUUCAUGCUGUCACAGCUAAAUCACUAUCUAAUCGACUCGAAAUGAGACGCAGCGAACCUAUCACAUUGCGGUGUGGUUGUCGUUCCGUCACAAUGGCGCACUGUGAUUGGUUAGCAAAGUCUCACUGCGAAUCGACUUGUUGGCGAGUCAUAAAUCAGCAAAGCCGUACUACGAUUGGACUUAUUGUUAUGAAAUUUGGUGCACGGGUAGAAUAUAACCUGGAAUAACACAUAGGGUACUUUUUAUUCCGAAAUUCCCACGGGAGCGAAGCAGCUAGUGAAAUAAAAUAAUACUAGUAUUAAUAUGAAUUAAACUGGACUUUAUAAAAUCAAUCCUAUACCAAUAGAUUUUGGUGCUUCAUAAUAUUUAUUAUGUAGUAAAUCUUCCUCUGUAGAUGUUGUAAAUAUAUAUUAUGUAUUCUAUAUGUAUAUCGUGUUAAUUGUUGGCUUGUAUAGAAUGAAAUAAACAAUAUUUUUUAAA